GCCGUUGCAUCAUUUACCCAGAAGAGUUCUGAAUGGAUUGUCUGAUCUGGGGCACUCUAAAAACUCUGGGCCCUGGCCUGGAGGGGAAAUAAGAGGUAGAAGGAUAUGUGGCAGUGCUUUUCCCUUGAAGCUACUGUUAUCACCCCUGGAAAAGUUCUGCAGGAAUAAGGGGUGGUAAGAAUGACAAAGGAUCUGGACUGGCUCCCUGUUAUAAGAAAUAAAAACCGAGGCCCAGCAUGCAGUGACCAGCGUGGAGUAUAGAGAGGUGAGCGGCAGCCCUAUGCCUCACCCCUCCAGUCUCCAGAGCUAACUCCAGCUGCCUUCCAGUGCAUCGGACAGCCAACUCAGCCUCAAGGUUUAAAGAAAAGAAACUAGAAGGUUUCCAAUCACCAGCACGUCAAAAACAGAAAAGGAAAAGUCCAAGUGGAUUUUAUUUCUGGACUGAGAUGGGUCUAGAAUCCCCAGCUAAGCCUGGAGAUCCUAAGGUCACCAGCCAGAGGGCAGGAUGGAGAAUGCUCCUCUUCCUCCUGAUGUGCCUGCUGCAGGCCGCCAGUGCACUGAAGGGCCCACGGCUGGUGUCCGGGGAGCCUGGGGGCGCUGUGACCAUCCAGUGCUGGUACCCCCGCCUGGCCAUCAACAGCCACCAGAGGAAGUACUGGUGCCGCCUCGGGCCCCCGGCGGGGGUCUGCCGCACCGUCGUGUCCACCAACCGCUACACACACCUGCGCUACCGUGGCCGCGUGGCCCUCGCAGACUUCCCCCAAAGAGGCUUGUUUGUGGUGAGGCUGUCCCGGCUGUCCCCGGAGGACGAGGGGCGCUACCGCUGCGGCCUCGGGAGCUCAAACAACGCACUGUUCUUCAGCAUGAACCUGACGGUCUCUCCAGGUCUUUCCAGAACCAUCCCGACAGCCACGCUGGCCUAUGGUGAGCUCAUCACAGAAUCCUCUGAAACAGCAUCACCCCCAGCAGCCAAAACAUGCACACAAGCAAACACCCAGACAACAGGAAGACAGACGACAGGAUGGGAUACAGUUGCCCUGACUCCAGGAGCCAGGAAAACCACGGCUUCAGCCACGGAGAGGCAAACCCCAGGAGCAACUGCGGCGGUGGCUCCAGGGACAGGCAGCCAGGUAGAGCUCUCCGUCGGGGCAACUGUCCCCACUGUGCAGAGUCCGGCUUCAACAGGCAGAGGCGUGACCGGUGUAGCAGCGCGGGGUCUGGUGUGGAGCACCGGCGAUUCAGAAGCAGCCAGGGCCAGGGCCAGCGAAAGGGAGAGGGAAACUACUCCUGGGGCCGACAGGCCAAGCGAGGAGACAGAGAGCGUCAGCACAACUCCGGGCACCGCUGAGACAGCCGCAGGGACCGUUAGGCCAUCGACCCUGGCCUCAGAAAGAUGGAUGUGGGAAACCCUCCAGGAGGAGACAUCGGCUUCUGAGCCACAGAGCCUGGGCUCCAUUGAAGGGACCAUCCCGGCUGUGGCUGUGUGGACCUCAGAGCCAACCCACGUAGAGAUGGUACCUGCGGAGGGAAGCGGUGAAGUUGACCUGGACACGCCUGCCGGAGACGGUGGUCCCCAAGUGAUGCCGAGCCAGGCCCUGGCAGCAGGGCCCCCGGGGCCCCCGGCCAAGGAGUCUUCGGUAAAGAGCGCUCCUCUGGAAGAGAAGAACUUCUCUGGGAUCCUGACCCCGGUCUCGUCAGCGCUGUGCCCACUUCUGCUGGUGACCCUUGUUCUGUGGAAGAGGAAGCUUCAGAAGAAGAGGAGCUCUCAGAAGACAGGAAGGUCACUAGGGGUCACCUUGAUUCAGAUGACACAGUUCCCGGAGCCGGGCCUCCAGCAAGGCCAGCCACCCCAGGUGGGAAGGAAGAGGCUCCAGGCUGACUCUCCUCCUCUCCACGCCGCCUGA